AUGUCAUUAUUCCCCAGAUUGGCUCCUAGAUUGGUUUCGAGGAAUUUCCUCAAGCCUCAAUGCGUAGCUAGAUCUUUUACCACUACUCUACGUGCAUCUGCAGCAGCAUUUGAUCGUUCUAAACCCCAUUUGAAUGUUGGUACCAUUGGUCAUGUUGACCAUGGUAAGACAACUUUGACUGCAGCAUUGACCAAGACUUUGGCUAAAAAUGGUGGUGCUGAUUUCUUGGAAUAUGCAUCUAUUGAUAAAGCCCCUGAAGAACGUGCGCGUGGUAUCACCAUCUCUACUGCUCAUGUUGAAUACCAAACUGAUAAAAGACAUUACUCCCACGUCGACUGUCCUGGUCACGCCGAUUACAUCAAAAAUAUGAUUACUGGUGCUGCACAAAUGGAUGGUGCUAUCAUUGUGGUUGCUGCCACUGAUGGUCAAAUGCCUCAAACUAGAGAACACUUGUUGUUGGCAAGACAAGUCGGUGUUCAACACAUUGUUGUCUUCGUUAACAAAGUUGAUAUGAUGGAUGAUCCUGAAAUGUUGGAAUUGGUCGAAAUGGAAAUGAGAGAAUUACUUUCUGAAUACGGUUUUGAUGGUGACAAUGUUCCAAUCAUUAUGGGUUCUGCUCUUUGUGCAUUGGAAGGUAAGCGUCCAGAAAUUGGUGAAGACGCCAUUAUGAAAUUAUUGGAUGCCGUUGAUGAAUACAUUCCAACUCCAUCAAGAGAUAUGGAAAAACCUUUCUUGUUGCCAGUUGAAGAUAUUUUCUCCAUCUCUGGUAGAGGUACUGUCGUUACCGGUCGUGUUGAAAGAGGUAACUUGAAGAAAGGUGAAGAAAUUGAAAUCGUCGGUCACAACACUGCUCCAUUGAGAACUACUGUCACUGGUAUUGAAAUGUUCAGAAAGGAAUUGGACCAAGCUAUGGCUGGUGACAAUGCAGGUAUUCUUUUGAGAGGUAUCAAGAGAGAUCAAUUAAAGAGAGGUAUGGUCUUGGCUAAGCCAGGUUCUGUUAAAUCUCACACUAGAUUUUUGGCUUCUCUUUACAUCUUGUCUAAGGAUGAAGGUGGUAGACAUUCUGGUUUCGGUGAAAAUUACAGACCUCAAGUGUACAUCAGAACUGCUGACGUUACAGUUAUCUUAAAGUUCCCAAGUGAAGUGGAAGAUCAUUCUAUGCAAGUCCUGCCAGGUGAUAACGUUGAAAUGGAAUGUGAGUUGAUCCAUCCAACUCCAUUGGAAGUGGGUCAACGUUUCAACAUUAGAGAGGGUGGUAAGACCGUCGGUACCGGUUUGAUCACUCGUAUCAUGGAUUGA